UUUCCGUGUCCGAGCACAUGAGAGCAGCGGGACCGUUCACCGUCAGAUCUGAUCCAGGCCUCAUCUGGAACGGACGCAUCACCCGGACCUACGAGCCUCUUCCAGCCUCACUGCCCGCCCGUGCCGCCGCCUUGCCGCGUUUCUCUUCUAUCCCAAACCAACAAACUCUGAAUUUACUCUAAAUAUGCCUAAAAGCGUCUGUUGUCAAACGCCUCGGGUUACAAUGUUUGACCAACACAGGAUAGGAGCCAAUCUAUAGCCAACGGGUUCCCGAGGACUUGAUUAGUCGCUUGAAGCCUGAUAGUUUGUCGGGCCGCGUCGUCGACUGGCAUCUCUUCUAACUACGCCCCCAUCGGGUGAAGACGACUAACUGCUUGGUCAGCUUUGCCUGGUGUUUCCUCUUCCUCCCUGCAGCAGUUGCUCCUCCUUGGAUUUGAAUUGCUUUCUAUUAGGCAAAUCUUUGAAAAUUUAUCAAGAUGACUCCAAACGGAUAUUUGAUCUUCGAGGAUGAGAGUUUCCUGGACUCCACCGUGGCCAAAAUGAACGCUCUGAGAAAGAGUGGUCAGUUCUGUGACGUCAGACUUCAGGUGCGUGGUCAUGAACUGAUGGCUCACCGUGCAGUCUUGGCCUGCUGUAGCCCGUACCUCUUUGAGAUCUUCAACAGUGACCUGGAGCCCCACGGAGUCUCCCAUGUCACUUUUGAAGAUCUGGACCCAGAGGCUGUAGAGGUGUUACUCAACUACGCCUACACUGCUCAGCUGAAGGCAGACAGAGAGCUGGUGAAGGAUGUGUACUCUGCAGCCAAGCGGUUUAAGAUGGAGCGUGUCAAACAGAUUUGUGGAGACUACCUGCUGUCCAAGAUGGACUCCCAGAACGCCAUUUCCUUCCGUAACUUUGCCAGCUCCAUGUUCGAUGCCCGGGUUCUGGCCAAAGUGGACGCCUACAUCCAGGACCAUCUUCUGGAAGUGUCUGAACAGGAGGACUUCCUCAAACUCCCCCGCCUCAAGUUAGAAGUAAUGCUAGAAGACAACCUGGCCCUGCCCAGCAAUGGAAAGCUGUACUCAAAGGUGCUGAGCUGGGUGCAGAGGAGCCUGUGGGAGAACGGAGACCACCUGGAGCGCCUGAUGGAAGAGGUGCAAACGCUGUACUACUCGCCUGACCAUAAGCUGGUGGACGGCGGGCUGCUGAUAGAGGGCCACAGUGAGGUGUUUGGGGGGGACGAGGACCACCUUCAGUUUGUGCAGAAGAAGCCUGUACGUGAGAGCGCCCAGAGACAGAUGAGCUGCAGCUCCACUGGAAGUCUGUCCCCCUCCAACCAGGCGGCCAACGCACCCAAACAAUUUGCCAGGAAAGAGUGGAAGUACAUCGCCUCUGAGAAGACCACAAACAACACGUACCUGUGCCUGGCGGUGCUGGACGGCGUGCUGUGUGUGAUCUUCCUCCAUGGCCGCAGCAGCCCUCAGACCUCCCCUUCAGCCACUCCUUGUCUGCUCAAGAGCCUGAGCUUUGAGGCCCAACCCGAGGAUCUGGAGGAGCACCCACUGUCUCCCAUGCAGUACGCUCGUUCUGGACUUGGCAUCGCGGCUCUCAAUGGCAAACUCAUCGCAGCAGGAGGCUACAACAGAGAGGAGUGUCUGAGGACUGUGGAGUGUUAUGAUCCUGCAGAAGACCACUGGACCUUCAUCGCUCCCAUGCGGACUCCCCGGGCUCGCUUUCAGAUGGCUGUGCUGAUGGGUCAGCUUUACGUGAUUGGAGGAUCUAAUGGACAUUCUGAUGAGCUGAGCUGUGGAGAGACAUAUGACCCACACAGUGAUGAGUGGGUGCAAGUGCCAGAGCUCAGGACAAACAGGUGUAAUGCAGGUGUCUGCUCCUUGAACAACAAAUUGUAUGUGGUGGGCGGUUCAGAUCCUUGUGGGCAGAAAGGCCUGAAGAACUGUGAUGCUUUUGACCCUGUGUCCAAAACUUGGUCCAACUGCGCUUCUCUUAACAUCAGGAGGCACCAGGCAGCUGUGUGUGAGUUGGAGGGCUUCAUGUAUGUGAUUGGAGGAGCAGAGUCGUGGAACUGUCUGAACAGUGUGGAGCGUUACAACCCAGAGAACAACACCUGGACCCUGGUCGCCCCCAUGAACGUGGCUCGCAGGGGGGCCGGAGUCGCUGUCCACGCAGGUAAACUGUUUGUGGUUGGCGGGUUCGAUGGCUCCCACGCCCUGCGCUGUGUGGAGGUGUACGAUCCAGUGCGUAAUGAGUGGAGGAUGCUGGGUAGUAUGACUAUCUCCCGUAGUAACGCCGGGGUGACCAUGCUCGGAAACUCCAUCUACGCUGUGGGCGGAUUCGACGGAAACGACUUCCUCAAAACCAUCGAAGUGUACAACCCGGAGAUGGACGAGUGGAACGACUGCACCACAGCGCCCUCCCCUGUGUCAGAGUGAGGGGGCGGAGCCUGUGGGCAGGGGCGGAGCUUCACAGUACUUCACCGUUUUCCAAACUAACAGGCUUAGUGACGUAAUCGUGUUUGUGAUGUCCUGUGUGUGAGCGGGUCUGUGGGGGGGGGGAGGGGGGCU